UCGCGUUGUCAAAGUUUUUGUGAGGAGAAAAUGAAGAGCUUCAACAAUUUUACGAAUAGGUUUUUUUUAUCGAAGAAAUCUUGUUUUCACUUUCCAAAUACUGUUUCUCGAUUGAUUGGAACAAACACAGAAGAAAAGCAUGUAUCAGUGCCUGAGAAGGUCAAGGAGCGUGAGAAGAAAGUCGAAUUCGUAAACGAGGAUAACAAAAAAGAAAGAGACGGUCAAUUUUCCCCGAAGUCUGUGCGUUUAGGAGCUUGUACUUUUUUGAGAGUGCCAUCAGCCAACUUCUCAACCACGUCAUUGGCAGGGAAAGAUGUGUGCUCAAAGGGCGGAGAUAAAGAUGCAGCUCCCAGUGGAACCGGGACACCACCGAAGUCAGCAACCGCUGGCUCCCAAGGAACCAUUAUAGCUGUCAUCGGUGCCGUCGUCGAUGUGAAGUUUGAGAAGAACCUCCCGCCUAUUCUCAACGCCCUAGAAGUGCCCGGAAGAAAGCCCCGUCUGAUUCUGGAAGUGGCCCAGCAUCUUGGCGAGAGCACGUGUCGCACCAUCGCGAUGGACGGUACCGAAGGUCUCGUCAGAGGUCAGCCGAUAGUAGACACUGGCGCGCCCAUCACCAUACCAGUGGGGGAACCAACUUUGGGCAGAAUCAUCAAUGUCAUCGGGGAGCCAAUCGACGAACGUGGUCCCAUAGCAACUGAUCAGUUCGCCCCUAUCCACGCUGAUGCUCCGCCUUUCGUGGAGAUGUCCGUGGAACAGGAGAUAUUGGUGACGGGCAUCAAAGUUGUCGAUCUUCUGGCCCCUUACGUAAAAGGUGGCAAAAUCGGUCUAUUCGGUGGCGCUGGCGUCGGGAAAACGGUUCUGAUCAUGGAACUCAUCAAUAACGUGGCCAAGGCCCACGGUGGAUUUUCGGUUUUCGCCGGGGUCGGUGAACGGACCCGAGAAGGCAAUGAUCUCUACAACGAGAUGAAAGUCGGCGGUGUUAUAAAAGAAGAUUACAAAACAUCAAAAGUGGCGCUAGUGUACGGCCAGAUGAACGAGCCCCCGGGAGCCAGAGCUCGUGUCGCCCUCACUGGGUUGACCCUCGCCGAGCACUUUAGGGACAAGGAAGGACAGGAUGUGCUGCUGUUUGUUGAUAACAUCUUCAGAUUCACUCAAGCCGGUUCCGAGGUGUCAGCGUUACUGGGUCGUAUACCAUCCGCCGUGGGCUACCAGCCGACUCUCGCUACUGAUAUGGGCACCAUGCAGGAGAGAAUCACGACGACUAAGACAGGAUCUAUAACCAGUGUUCAGGCGGUGUAUGUGCCAGCUGAUGACCUUACUGAUCCAGCGCCAGCCACCACCUUCGCUCAUCUCGACGCCACCACGGUACUAUCUCGUGCUAUCGCCGAGCUUGGUGUCUAUCCAGCCGUGGAUCCACUAGACUCCACAUCCAGAGUAAUGGACCCGAAUAUCAUUGGAGCGGAGCAUUACGGAGUGGCGAGAGGAGUGCAGAAGAUAUUACAAGACUACAAGUCGUUACAAGACAUCAUUGCCAUCUUGGGCAUGGAUGAACUGUCUGAGGACGAUAAGCUGACUGUUGCGAGGGCGAGGAAGAUCCAGCGGUUUCUAUCGCAGCCCUUCCAGGUGGCAGAAGUGUUUACAGGUCACAUCGGUAAGAUGGUCAAAUUGGAAGAGACCAUUAAAGGAUUCAAAAGGAUUCUGAUGGGUGAAUUGGACCACAUCCCUGAAGCUGCUUUCUAUAUGGUGGGCACUAUAGAGGACGUGAUCGCCAAGUCACAGGCUCUAGCCAAAUCAGUCUAGCUUUAGUAUAUUAUAUUUACCAGAAAUAAAUAAACUCAUA